CGGUUUGCUAUCUCGAGACGUGCAGUGCGGUAGGUCAAUAAAACCAUGGCGAAUGACUAUCGCUCAAUCCUGAAUACGGUUGGAUGGACUUUAACUACACUUUCAACGCUUUUCACAGCAGCGAGGAUAUACACGCGCUUAAAAAUAGCGACUGCGGCGCUGGGAUGGGAUGACUGGUGCAUGCUGGUUGCAUGGGUCUUUGCCACAAUAUGCACCGCCAUUGUCACAGUUGGGACUACCCACGGCUUUGGUCAGCACAUAUGGAAUAUCCAAGACCCCGAGGACCAGGCACAAGCGGUCAUGUACGUUAUGAUAGGGCCGCUGUUCUCUUUUGUGUGUGCAUUCCUUACGAAAGCGUCUAUCGUCAUCGCCCUUCUACGUAUCGUGGGUAGAACCAGCAUCUGGGCUCACAGGCUCAUUGCUUGGGUCUCUAUGAUAUUGAUGUUCUGUGCAUCCGCGCUGGCUUGCUCUUGCAUCAUUUUCUUUUGCAGACCAAUGCAAAAGUCAUGGAGGCCGUACGUGGAAGGGUCUUGUAUGAGUCCCACCAUCCUGGAUGUGGCUGGACGCUCAGUGUCAGCAUAUAACGCUUUCAUGGAUGUUCUCUGCGCAGUGGUACCGUAUUACCUGAUCCGGAGUCUCAAUAUCCCACGAAAAGAUAAGCGAAAUCUUAUCAUUCUCAUGGGUGGUAGUAUACUUGGUGCUUUUGCCACCAUCAUGAAGAUCGUCUCAAUGAGUACGAUAUCCAAUGUGACAGAUAUGACACAUUCCUGGUCGGAACUCACAAUCUGGCAACUGACAGAGAACCACGUCUUGAUCAUCGCCGGCUCAAUUCCAGCCUUGCGUCCCUUCUGGCGUACGAUUGUGGGAAAAUACACUUCUUUCCGAUCCACUGGGCAAUCUACACCCUCAGGACACCUCUCCAACAAGCCACGAGGUGGAGACUUCCAUAUGCUCACUGUAGGCUCCACGCCUAGUCGCAAAAGCAAAUCAGGGCUGUACUCGCACACAGCGAAGGAUGAGAGCAAGGAGAACUUGACUGAUAGGCGAGAAGAGGCUGAUACAGAGAGUGUGGAACCCAUCUUGUCACACUAUGGGAGACUUCAGACGCAUAUAACGAGGGGCAAUGGUACAAAGAUUCCAGACCGUAGCGAUACAAGCAUCACAGUUACGAGCGUAGUGGAAGUCGUGUAGAUUGUAACCAUCUCCAGACACACAAAGACUGCCUCACUCCAUCUCCAGACACACAUGUGU